CCCGAAGCCACACCUUAUUCAGUCUUGACCCUCUCUGACUUCACGGCCGAGGUCGAGAUAUAAGGAUCCAUGGUUCGCCAGGCAUGCUUGGUUCCCGUCAACGCCUGACAACGCCUCUCUCGAUUCUCGUCUCGCCCCAAGCACCAGUGCUGCAAGCGCAACGCCUGUCGUCAUCGCCAGGCCGCCGACUCUAGACCCUCAGGUCCCUUCUCGCUCCCGCGCCGUAGGGCCCUCUGCCACCGGCCGUCCGCUGUGUGUUUUGGGUGAGUGCUGAAACACAUAUACUGGUGUUCCCGCCCGCUGGCCAACCAGACGUGCUGAUUCCUCUCGUCCCUGCAGUAGUCCCAUAUACUGUGAACCAUCACCACCAUGUCCAACCUCCACGGGUUUGCAACGCACUUCCCGGCCGGCUAUCCAUCCUUUCCUCCACGAGGUGGACCUUUUCCCGGCGGUGCAAGCUCGUCAUCUGGAGAGUCAGGGUCCGGCAAUGCGGGGCAACCCCAGUUCGACAUCUUCGAGUGGCAUCCCGCCUACCAAAGCUGCCAGCGUUACUUCCUCGACCACGCCCAGCACGACAAUGGCGUCCAGGCCGUCGCCGCUCUCGUCAACAUCUGCUUGCCAUUCCAAUGGACGUCAACACCCAUCGUCAACUCGGCCGGUCCCAUGCCGAACGCAUCAGGUCCUGGCGCUUACAACCACCCCUGGCCCCGACAAGGUCCCGUGAGCAACGCCCGUGGUGGUCAACCAGUACCAACGUGGGUUUCUCUCGUUCCCUACAUCCGCCGACUUGUCAUUACUGGCAUGGACAAAGACGGCAUUAUGCAUGGCUUCUUCGGAGAGGACUGGCGGAAGGGGGUUGGCCCGGUCCACGAAUGUGAGCGUCGCAACUAUCUUUUCACGGCCAAGAGCACCGAGUGGGCGGAAGUCAAGCACCAUUACGACAUGUCUCCGCAUGAAUCAGUUCCGUUCCUCAAGCCACUACAGGACGCUCACCUAGCAGAAAUUGAGGGUGCCGAACAGACGUGGAGUCAGUGGCUGGCAAUGCAGGAUUGGAUGGUGGGUCCCCGGGCGCCCAACCUCGAUGGAGAAGCCAAAAACGAGGCUUGAUCGCGAACCGACCUCACGGCGCUGGAUGGCGGCUGUCACUUCGGCCUAGUUUGCGAUCGGGUGCGGGUCCGGAUACGAAGCAUGGCAUUGUGUGGGAUCUAAUUGCAUGGCGUUGGACAAGGAUUUGGGCAGGCAUAGCGGCCAUCCCGUCUCGCAGGGACCGCUUUCGGUUUCGUUACAUGUACGACAGCUUCAUUUCGAAAUGACAAGACA